GAAUGCAUGGGCACAGUUUCACUAUGUCUUUAUUUUACUGUUUGGUGCGCUUGCAAAAUGAUAUAAUCAAAUAUUUAUGAAUUGCGGACUAUACAAAAUGAUAGGAAACGAGCUUAGUUCCAUAAACAGCAUAACAUCACCGCAAAGUCUAUAUAAACCACAUCCGCGUGGUUGGUAUAACGCACAGUGAGUCAGCUGUUUGUUCUUUCGCCCUAAGGAAAACAAACCUCAGCAUAGUGUUAAGAAUUAAUUUGACAUCAAUACUACUUAAGAAAUAUGAUUUAAAUCUGAGCAUGAACGUGUUCGGUAACCAGAACAAUGUUUUCGCGAGUGUUUUAGCUGGUGUAACAUGAGAGAUUUAUUACGUCGAAGCGGUAGUAAUCAACGGCGUGAAAUAUCUCGAUUCCUCUUCUUCGUCAAAAAGUAGCCGAAUUUCACAACACAAAGAUCUACUGCACUGGGGACGACAAAGGAACUGAAACUUCGGUGCGCAAGUGAUGAUCUGCUAUGAAUUUCUAGUCUUCGUUUCAAUAACUGGGUCGACAUCAUGGACACCACUAGCGCAGAGCAUCAUCAGAAGAGGAGGAGGCAUUUUCAUGUGGUAAGGAAACACAAAAUCAACUGCAGACACAAUGGAAUUUACUGGGGGCAGCCCCCACAGAUCGUGGUGGAUUUUGAGAUGGAAUGGCACCCAGCAGAUGGUGAGUACACCACAGUGUUUACCACUGCAGAGGACGAGAUUUGGGAUGAAGUAGAUAACCUCCUCGACACAAUCGAGUGGGAGGAGGAGGAGUUGGAGGUGGAGUUGAUUGAAUAUUCUGCUUCGAAAGACUUGUCUGUCUUUCAGUCUGAAGACAUUGGGUGUUCUCCAACUCAGAAGAUGACGCCAUCCUUAUUUAGAAUGCCCCGUAGGAGGAAACGAAAAAGAAAAACUUGGGAUAAACAAGACAUGCAGGUAAUGCCGGUGACACCAGUGGACUUGUUGCCAGAUGAGAUGCUGCUAGAGAUCCUGUCACGGCUGUCAGUGGACGAGUUACUGGGUGCUGCCUCUCGCGUCUGCUCCCGCUGGGAGCGGCUGUGCCUGGAGGUGGCCGUGUGGCGUCGUUCUAGUGGCGGGCUCUGCUACCACGGCACCUCCGACUGGCCCUCCCCUGCAAAGGCACCCAGGCCCACCAUCUGCAUACAUGCCCGCGAUGAUGUCGGCCGUGUUCUUGGGGAGGUUUGGCUGCGUCGUGGAUGUGUUGCUUUGAGAAGACUUAUGCUACACAUGUGCAGACUAGGUGAUGCAGGGCGUCUGCUUCAAAUGACUGCCAAGGCUUUUCCAAGUAUACAAGAACUCAGCUUACAAGAAUGCACACCACUCAGCAUACCUGACUACUGUUUACUUGCUGGCUUUACUGAACUACAGGCCCUCAACUUGUCACGUUGUAAGGGCGUGGGUGAAGAGGCUAUAUGUACAAUAGCCAGCAGAUGUACGCAGUUAAGGGAGCUCCGACUUGACUGGGCAGAUGGCUUAAGGGAUGAUGACGUCAAAUUUAUUGUACAAAAACUUGGCCACCAGUUACAAGUGCUUACUCUAGGUGGCAGACUGCUGACAAAUGAAGGCUACAAAGCUAUUGCAGAUUGCAAAAGAUUGCAGGAACUAGGGCUGGCACCAUGUCAGGGCCUAGGAGAUGCUGGUCUCGCAGAAUGUUUGGUACCACUGACAAAUUUGAGUGCUCUGGAACUGGCAGACCCUACACAGCUUACUCGUAAUGGGCUGCUACACUUCCUCAGUUUUUCCACAUACUUGGAGAAUCUUACUGCUCUUAAACUGGCAUGGUGUGAAGCUCUCACUGAUGCUGGGUUAGAAAUCAUUGCAAAAAGGUGUGCAGGUCUCAGGAGAUUGUCUGUAAUACACUGCCCUCAUAUCUCAGAUCGAGGUGUGUCUCGAAUAAUCGAGCACUGUCAUCAUAUACAGAUGAUGAGUCUUAUAUGGAAUGAUGGUCUUUCAGGUCGUGAUUUUUUGCCGCUCUUGGUCUCCAGUCUACCAAAGCUACGACGGCUGGAUCUGGGGUACUGUGACAGUAUUACUCGUGAACACAUAGAUGAACUUUUGUCUCACAGAAAGGGCAUUGCAGUUGUGCGGCCCGAAGUAUGGUGCCGUCCACGCAGUAGUCCACAUGUUUGCUGUGCCCCUUGGGAUCAAGUUGCUUAAUUACAGUUUUGCAGACACAUGAACUGUUUUGUUCUGAUUUCUGGAAAUUUCCAAAUGAUUUGUAAGGAAAAAAAAUAUUGACAUGAAAAAUGUAUUUAUGUAAGUAAAUAUUACUGUUUCAAACACCAUUUAUUAAAGUUACCAUUUAAGGAA